AUGUUAAUCUCGCUCAUCCAAGCUCUUCUACUUUUCCUCUUCAUCACACCUCCCUUCCCCACCUUCGGCCGCCAGUUGGCCGAGUUGCUCGACAUCAACCGACUCGAGCGCUGUGAUACUCCGACCUUGGCCGAUUGUAUUGAGCACUCGAAUCAGAUGACGUGCUGGGCGAAGAGUCUUAUCGUCACUUGGGUCGAAUUCCAGAAUAUACACGCAUUGUGGCUGUCCCGGACGAAGGGUACGCUCAAAUAA